AUGUCUCUUGACGAUAAAAUUAUAAUUGAAUGGUUCAGCGGAAUCGGAGGCAUGCGUUUCGCCCUUGAAGCGCUCUUAAUGGAGUCUCAAUCGAAGCCGUGGAAGUUUAUUUCAUUCGAUAUUAACGAGGUUGCUAAUUCCGUCUACACAUGUUCAUUCAAUGGCGAACUUCCUCGAACCAAAAGCAUCGAAGCCCUAUCGAUGGCAGAGAUCGAGUCAUUGAACGGUUACAUUUGGCUUUUAUCCCCACCAUGUCAACCAUAUACGUUGGGAGGUUCUCAAUUGGAUGAAAAAGAUAGUCGUGCUUCUGCGAUUUUGCAUUUGAUAGCUGUAUUGAAGGAGAUGAAAACACCACCCGCUUAUCUGUUUUUGGAAAAUGUGCCAAGAUUUGAAAAUUCCGCAACUCGGUCGCUACUUGUCGAGGCUUUAGUGAUGAAAAAAUAUUCGAUUGAGGAAUUUUUACUUGCCCCAACGGAUGCAGCCAUUGCAAUCCCCAACUCCAGGCGACGAUAUUAUUUGCUUGCUAAAAGAGCAUCAUCUGCAUCUUUGCCCCCAACCGUUAUAGAGUCAUUAAAAAGUGUUGGAUACACUACAGGCCAAUUUUCAGAUGGAAAACAUCUUUCAGAUUACAUUGAAAAAACUUGCUCUGAAAACCUAAUUGUUCCAUCUCGGCUAAUGGAAAGAGAAAGCGGAUUUAGGUUCGAUGUAAUUUCUGCUAACGGGGUUCCUUUUGGACAUAGGUCUGAAAUUUCUGGACCUCCAGCAUGUUCCACAUUCACAAAGGGGUAUGGAAGUAACAGGAUACGAGGAACAGGAUCUUUGGUUCUUUUGCAAGAGCCCGAAACGCCAGAAAUAGAUACCACAGAUGUCAAGCUCCUUCUAAAGAUGGGUGUAAGGUAUUUCAGUGCUGAAGAAAUUGCUUCAUUACAUGCGUUCCCCACAAUUGAAGGCACAUCGUCGCAAAGGAAUCGCCUUAAAUUUCCUGACCAUAUUACUUUGAUCCAAAAAUACCGCCUUCUAGGAAAUUCCCUUAAUGUAAGGGUAGUCUCCAUAUUGCUGUCAAGAUUGCUGUCUUUGCCAUUCCAAAUUUCGAAAGAUCAAUGA